ACAAGGUUAAAAUUACCGGGUCUUACAAACAACAGCAAAGAUGUCAACGUACGAUCGCAAAGCUGAGUUAGAGAUGAAAAAAGCAAAACUAGCUAUCCUUAGGGAAAAUAAAAUCAAACGAGACAAGGUGAAGGUUGAAGGAACAAAUGGAGGGACUCAGGAUAAUCUUACCAACUAUGGUUCAGCCCAAGGUCUUCGGAUAGAAACUGAAGAGUUAUUGAGAACUCUUGGAAUUCCCGUCUCCGAGGAGCCAUUGUCUCAACCUUCAGACGAUCGUACCAUCUCCAAAGGGGCUUCAGAUUUAAUACAUACGAAAACUGACAACCAGAAAAAACGUAAAACGUUGGGAUUUUCACAAAUAAGUGAAAUCAAUGUUCCUCCUAAAGAAAACAUAUCUUAUUCCAAACUCAUCCAAACACUCGAGUCGUAUGUUCCACAGCAUGUUAAUAAUGGCGUUCGCACUGAUUCGCCACGUGAGGUUAUAGGUUCCCCGAAGUUCAUGACCCAUUUGGAGUGGGAUGACGAGUUUUCUACUAUGCUUCCCUUCGACGGAUCGGUAAAUGAUACUCUUGAUAUGACUGCUGUAAUCAGUGAAAUACACAAAAUGCCACUCGUUAGUCCGAUUGCUGCUGCGAAAACUCCUGCAGAUACAGAACGAGAAAAUGAACAUCUGAGAGCCCUAAAAGUGAUACAACUCACGGACGAAGAAAGAGACGCAAUUAUGCGGUCAGAUAAAUUUCAUCGUUUCUUUGACAGAGCAUCACGACUGAUAGAACGGGCAUUAGAUGAACCUGCAGAUAUGUUUAUUGAUUAUAGUGGCGGAGAUCAUGAUGACACCGGAAAUACCCAACGCCAUCAACUUGUAAGAUUUGGUCGUGACUUUUUUGAUGAUCGUUGGUCAAGAAGACGCCUAGUUACGGCAUUGGAUUGGUCACCUAUUUUCCCUGAAUUACUUCUUGGCGCCUAUCAUGCAAACGAUGAAGCACCGCAUGAUCCUGAUGGAGUGUGUUUAAUUUGGAAUUUGAAAUUUCAAAAGACAACUCCAGAAUAUAUUUUUCAUUGUCAGUCUGCUGUUACAUCAGCAACUUUUGCAACUUAUCAUCCAAAUUUGAUUAUUGGUGGAACGUAUUCUGGACAAAUUGUAUUGUGGGAUAAUAGAUCAACCAAGAGAACACCAGUACAGCGGACACCAUUGUCGGCAAGUGCACAUACACAUCCAGUUCAUGCAGUUAUGAUCGCAGGAUCAUUGAAUGCACACAAUUUAUUAAGUAUAAGUUCUGAUGGAAAAUUAUGUACAUGGAGUUUAGAUAUGUUGGGUCAGCCUCAACAAGCCAUGGAAUUAACACAUAGACAAGCUCGUACUGUAGCUGCAACAUGCAUGUCAUUUGUUGAUGAAAAUGUUAACAACUUUUUAGUUGGAUCAGAAGAUGGACGAGCUUAUGCAGGUUCACGUCAUGGAAAUCAAGCAGGUAUCAGUGAUGCUUUUGAAGGUCAUCAGGCUCCUAUCACAUCAAUUUCGUCCCAUCCACUCAGAGACUCUGUGACGAUUUCACCCCUGUUUCUUACUACUUCUCUUGAUUGGUCUGUAAAACUUUGGUCUGUUAAGGAAACUCGUCUUAUAUGCUCAUUUGAAGAAGCUUCAGAUUAUGUUUUCGAUGCUCAUUGGUCGCCCAUACAUCCAGCUGUAUUUGCAACUGUCGAUUGCACAGGACGCCUUGAUUUAUGGAAUUUAAACCAAAACAGCGAAGUUCCAUCAGUUCGUACAAUGAUUCCCGGUCAACCGUCUUUAAACAAAUGUCGUUUCCACUCGUCUGGUUCACAUAUAGCUAUCGGUGAUGACAAUGGGCGCAUUCAUAUGUUUGAUUUGAAUGAAGCUAUGGCGAUUCCUCAUGCAGACGAGUGGACAAUGUUUUCACAUACAGUCAGCGAACUUCGACAGAUCGCAGCCGAACAGAGGGAGAACGAUACUGACGCUUUAUUCGGACAAACUUCUGUACCACCCAUACCCGUUGUUCACUAAAUGCGUGCAAGAUACUUCAGUGAAUGGGGCAUUUCUCAACUCUAUAUAACUCUUCGUACCGCAUAAUAAAUGUUUAUUGAUACU